CGGUUCCGCCGGGCCGCCAAUCGGACGCCGUUGGAGCAUGUCAAGCCUCGCAGUUGCAUUUCGGCUUAGAUGCGAACAAUUACGCACACUAUCACCUCGAUUCUAGUUCAAGAAGCAUGGCUGACGGGCACUGAUAUGCAGGUUAAUUUUCGUCUCCAUGACCAAUUUGUUAUUGCUCUCGUCGUUGGUCAGCCUUAUGAGCAUGAGUCUAGAAGGGGUCAUGGCUCAUGCUCGAGAAGAGUACCUCUUUCAACUGUCGAUCUACGUUUUGGAAAGCAGCAAUUCGCGAAGGUUGACUUACUUCAUGCCUCCUCUAAACCUCAUUCCUCUUCUCUGUAUCCGGCCAUUGAGGCUCUUUCUACCUGCGGAGCAUAUUCGCCGUGUCCGCAUUGUGUUGCUCCGCGCAACUCAUCUUCCCUUCGUUGCGCUGAUCUGGGCCUAUGAAUCUAGCCGCCGCUAUGUUUCGCGGCAAAAUAGUCAAUUUCCACCAACGGCCUCUACAGGAGGGGCCAGUCGCCCGAGCUCGUCUUUCCAAGCGGGCCUUGCUCUCUCCACGCACCAUGCCCCGCUGCAAAGCUCCGCAUUGGAGGGACGGCCCUCUAGACCUAGAAGGUCCAAAGAGGGAUCUAGCUCGGAGAUGCACGGGUCAAUCUCAGGCCCGGCUGCACCCAUUGACGGUCCGGAUAUGAUUGAUGAAAUCGAGAGACUGCGAGUUCAAGUGGAACGAGUUGCUACAACAGUAUCAUUCCUUUAUCGAGCUCAUUGAUGGAUACUAAGUUGUCCUUCUUUUCGGCCGACGGGGGAGGGGGCUAGACUAGGGUUCGGAGAUGGUCGGGCUGUCGCCUGUUAGGC